AUGUCACAAUCAAAAGAUAUCCAGUUUUUAUUAGAUAGAUACGAUCAAAACAAAGAUGGUAAGAUUACCUAUGCCGAAGUAUUUAAUUGCUUAAAGGAAGGUGGAUCCGAUAAGCCGUUCAUGGCUGCUAACCAAAUUUUUUUUGAACUUGACAAGAAUCAUAAUGGAACGGUUGACAUUAAAGAGCUUUCAAAGCACACCAACUAUGGAAACACUCAAUACCUUGAUCAAACUCAAAAGGAGAUUGAUGAAUUUUUGUCAAAGUAUGACAAAGAUGGUGACCAGAUGAUAUCUUACCAAGAAGUCCUUGAACAUUUCCAAAGAGAAAAAGUUAAAAAUCCAAGUUAUUUAACUGAGAAACUUUUCUUUGCAGUAGAUAAAAAUAAAAGUGGUGUUAUUAAUCUCAAAGAGCUAAGACAAUUUAAAGCCAAAUCCAUGGGACUUGGAAAUAAAUAA